AGUUCAAAACACAUCCAAAAAUCUCUUGAAGUAUGUUCGUAUUCUCCCUAUAAUUUGGCUUUAACAGGUCCUUGUGUCUUUCCAUUCAUGUAAGAAUACGCGUUAUAUAGUUGAGGGUUCGAUUGGGUGAAGGAAACGGUAUCAAAUCAUUAGCAAGUUUGAAUAUGAAGACGUAAAAUGCCUGCAGGAGAUAAAAAUUGGUUGAUACUCUUCAUAUUAUUUUCACUGGUUCCUAUUGGUAUAUCGCGUUCAUAUCAAGGAAAAGUUGUAGGGAAAUGGGCAAACACACUAGGUAGAGAUUUGUGGGAUUUAGGUGGAAGAAUAACGAAAUAUUCCGAGAUAGAACAGAGGUAUCACCAUCUUAAUGCUCAGGUAGAAGAAAAAGAUCCCAUGGAUCUUUUAGAUAACAUAGUUGAAGUAAUUACACGAAUGAUGGACAGAAAAAUGGAUGCAGUUCAGUGUAUUGUACAUAUGGCAGAAAAUAAAUCGGAAACUUUCGACUAUGACAAUACUACCAUUCAUUAUUAUUAUAAUUCCAAAUAUUCCCCAAUACAAGGUCAAAAUAGAACAACCUAUGACCUAAAAAUCCUUAAUGAUAAUGUGGUCAGAUACAAAGAACUGAUGCUGAAUCAAGACACUCAUUUCUACAACAUACCAGUAAAUACAACCCACAGUUCCGUUCAUGUUCCAACCCAAAUCUUCGAUCUGCACAAGGAUCCCGCUGUUGCUAUUCAGUGGUCAGAGGCUUUGGACAAGGUAUUCAUCCAAAAUUAUCAAUCAGAUCCUUCUCUAACGUGGCAGUACUUCGGGAGUUAUUCUGGAAUCAUGAGACAUUACCCGGCAAAGGCUUGGCCAUCUGAUAACACAGAUCUCUUCGAUUGUCGUAUAAGAACGUGGUUCAUUGAAGCUGCAACUUGCACAAAAGAUAUCAUCAUACUACUCGAUAAUUCAGGUUCAAUGGAUGCGAUGGGAAAACAUCUGGGUGUUCUGACGGCAUCAAGUAUUCUAGAUACAUUGUCCAAUAACGACUAUGUCAAUAUUUUAAACUACACAGAGGGACGAAGUAAUUACACGAUAGAAUGCUUCAAGGACCUCUUGGUCCAAGCAACAGAAGAGAACAUAAAAGUAUUCAAGGAUGAACUGCAGAAGCUGAAACCCACAAAUAAAUCUGACAUUACUGUUGGGUUAGAGACCGCAUUUAAGUUAUUAGCGCAUUAUCGUGAAAAUAUAAGACAUUGCGAUGGUAUCCGAACCUUUUGUAACCAGGCGAUCAUGAUCAUCACAGAUGGUUUGAAUAAAAAUUUCAGUGACAUUGUUGUGAAAUAUGAUUUUCUCCGUAACGGCACGUACAAGCCGGUGCGCAUAUUUUCUUAUUUGGUAGGACAGGAGACCACGAACGAGGACGAGAUAAAGUGGAUGUCAUGUGCCACGAAAGGGUAUUAUGUCCAUAUACAAGCCAUCGAACAGGUAACAUUCGCUGUCCUGGAAUACAUCAAUGUUAUAGCUAGACCUCUGAUCCUUCAAGAGGAUGAUCAUCCAGUUUCAUGGACUCACGUUUAUAUGGACGAAACGUACAACGAUGACUUGGAUAGCAUCAUAAACGAACCGUAUCGCAUGCUCACUUCAGCAGCGGCCCCUGCUUUCGAUAAGAAAAAAAACAGGGGUGGUGAUAAUUCGACCAGAGUUGCGAAUUUACUGGGUGUUGCCGCCACAGAUGUACCAAUUGAAAAUAUUGCACGCUUAACCCUGCCGUAUAGAAUCGGCGUGAGUGGAUACGCGUUUAUCGUCAGUAACAAUGGAUAUGUCCUUAUGCAUCCAGACUUGAGGCCUAUGGUGGGCAACCACAAAAUGUAUAACUACAAUAGCAUAGAUUUAACGGAAGUAGAACAGUUUUAUACCAUUCCUGCCCUACCCCCCAGAGAAUUACCUGAGAGACUUCUAGAACUUAGGUCUAUGUUGAUAAAUGGUUCCAAAGGUAUCGUGGAGGAUGUUCCUUUGAAGUAUCACUAUGACAGGUUGAGAAGAGUUUCAAUUGAAGUGUACGAUUAUUAUUUUUCCCCACUCAUCAACACCCCUUUUACCCUGGCUCUAGCCAUACCCAAAUCGCAUGGCUAUCAUUUUUUGAGAGUCGACGAUGAAAUAGACCGAAACAGGCAUACUGGCAAUAAAUUGACCGAUUUCUUCAAAGGGACCAACUGGAAAAUACAUCCGAAAUGGGUGUACUGCAAAUACCAUUAUUUGGAGGGUCACGAGUUCGCUAACGCGGAAAACGAAAUUCUACAUUUCCUCAGCAAAAUGUACGACCAGAAUUUCCAGUGGCGGAAUCAGUACGAGGCGAACAUCAAGAUGGGAAGCGUCGAGAAGGAGGAUUUGGGCAAGGUUGAGUGCGGAAGGAAGAGUCUGAAAGAGGAGGAUUAUUACUGCGAUAAAAAGUUGAUCGAAAGAUUAAUUUUCGAUGCGAGGAACACCCAGGCCUCUUUCGAUGAACCGUGGGGCUUUUUGGAUAGCGAGAAAAACCUCUUCGAUCGGUAUGCCGUCAAGAUGAGAUUCGUUGCCACCAUGAGUGGCCUCACUAGGUGGGAAUAUAAAAAUGAUUCGGCCAUUGAUGAUGCAAAGGAGUUUGGUGAACUGCACUCAAGAGCUAUAGACGAAAGAUGGUAUAAAUCUGCGGUAUUGCAGCAUCAGUACGAUAAAGAAGCAUUCGUCUAUGCAAUAGCAGAUAAUGAAGACAACGAGGAAAAUAUCCUGAUAACUGGUAGCUACGCAAUCUUUCCAAAGGACAAUGGGAAAGAAGCACCUGGCAGUGUUGUUGGUUUUCAGUUCGGUCAAAGUGAGCUCAGGCAGAGGUUUAGAGAAAUUACAACGAAGCCUUCAAACGAUUGUCCUCAGUGUAGCACUUGCGAUGUCCUUAAUUGUUAUAUUGUUGACAAUUCGGGAUAUAUUUUGGUUGCCAAUGAGGAGAGCUACGCCGGACAGUUCUUCGGAGAGAUCGAAGGGGACAUCAUGAAAUCAAUGCUUGAGGAGCGUAUUUUUGAGGAAGUUAUCGUUUACGACUACCAGGCGCUGUGUGACUGGCAAAAAAAGACGUACAAGGCUAGUUCUUCUGCUGGAAAUUCAGAGGUUAGUACAGCUUCUUACUUUACAACUAAUGGAAAAGAAGAAGAGGAAGUUGAAGAUCAUUACUUCCCGUGCGAUAAUGAGGUCCACCUAUAUGUACUUAAACAGCAUCUUCUUCAGAGCAACAAUUUCACUGGAGAAUUUCGAGCUAUUUUCGAAAAUGGGAAAGAUUUGAAGAGGAGGGAAUAUUAUGUGAAGACAAUACCACACAGUAACUUGAUUCUUGUUGCUAUAAAUAAUACAUAUGGCAGAGCUAGUAACGACAUAUUCACAACGAGACCACAAUUUGUUCGCUACGGCGUUGAGUUUCCCUGCUACAAAAUAGAAUUGAAUAAUUUACCCAGAGGUGCCCCAAGGGGAUGUUAUUUCAAGAAUGAUCUGGAAAAUGAGAUCACGGCUUGUGGAAAAGCAGCUCACAUAAAAAUAGAUUCCCUAAUUUUUUCGCUGAAUAUUGUUAUCCUGAUUAUUUCCAUGUUAUUGGGAUUUGUACUGUAAAAUCAGAGAAGAAUUGAUUUUA